UUUUACUGGGCGGAACCGGCGGUCGUUUCUCCCGUUUUGGUGAAGCAGUCUGAAGAGAACUCCAUGUUCCAGUCGUAGUGGAACGCCGCUGUCAGCACAGCGAUGAUCGUGGCCAGCCUGACAGCUUGAGGGAAAAUGACAAGGGACAUCCUGUCCAGACCGAGCCGUGGCACAGAGCCUCACCGGGCCACCACAGGAGCCAGUACCUGGGUUCCCACCCGAGAGGCGUCCCUGCUCCGGGGCCAUCGGUUCAUCACAUUCGAGGAGCUUGCGGCCACCCAGCAGCAUGUCCCAGCGGCACUCGGACAGCUCCUUGGAGGAGAGGCUGCUAGAAUACCGCUUCCACUCGGAGCUGCAACUGGACGCCAAUGGCAACCCCCGGGCCAAGCUUCCCAUUGUCCGGGGCACCCUACAUCCCAAGACCAAUGAUGCCUUUGAGCCAGAGUCCUCAGUGCCCCCACUGUCACCGGCAGAGAACAAGGAGCCACGGGCCAUCGUCCUGAGCACACAGAGCCCUGCAGCCCUCAAGAUGGGCACUCAGCAGCUCAUCCCCAGGAGCCUUGCUGUGGCCAGCAAGGCCAAGACCCCAACCCGCCACCAGAGCUUCGGGGCAGCCAUGCUCAGCAAGGAGGCCGCACGGCGGGACCCCCAGCUCCUCUCAGCCCCCAGCUUCUCCCUGGACGACAUGGACAUGGACGUGGGCCCUGGGGGGGCACUGAGUCGAAACCGGCGGAACCAGUCUUACCGGGAAGCCAUGCGGGGGCUGGGGUCCCUGAGCAGCCAGGGGGGCUCCAACGCACUCAGCCCCAAGCUCCAGACUCUGGCUGAGGAGCCCAGCCAGCCAGCUACCCAGUGCCCAGCCAAAAACAAGAGGACGCUGGGCCGGAACCGUUUGCACAAGGGCUCCUUCAAGGACGACCCCCAAUUCUACCAGGAGAUCCUGGAGCGGGGCCUGAACACCAGCCACGAGUACGAUGACGAGGGGACCCAGGGGGCAGAUAGCACCAUUGUGGUCCAGAGCUACCGGCCCGCCCAGGUCACCUGGAGCCAGCUCCCUGAGGUGGUGGAGUCGGGCAUCCUGGACAAACUGAGCACUGAGGAGCGCAAGAGGCAGGAGGCCAUCUUCGAGAUCAUCACAUCCGAGUUCUCCUACCUGCACAGCCUGAACAUUCUGGUGGCCCAGUUCCUGCGGUCCCCGGAGCUGCGGGCCACCAUGACGCAGAUGGACCACCACCAUCUCUUCUCCAACAUCCUGGACGUGCUGGCCGCCAGUCAGAAGUUCUUCAAGGCCCUGGAGCAGCGGCACCAGGCGCAGCUGUGCGUGGAGGACAUCAGCGACAUCCUGGAGGAGCACGCAGAGAGGCGCUUCUCCCCCUACGUGGUCUACUGCUCCAACGAGGUCUACCAGCAGCGCACACUGCAGAGGCUGACGGACAGCAGCGCCACCUUCCGUGAGGCCCUGCGGGACAUCGAGAAGCGGCCAGUGUGUGGGGGCCUGCCCAUGAUCUCCUUCUUGAUCCUGCCCAUGCAGCGGGUGACCAGGCUGCCCCUCCUGACCGACACCCUCUGCCUGAAGUCGCAGGGCCACCCUGAAAGGUUCAAGGCUGCCAGCCAAGCCCUGAAGGCCAUCAGCAAGCUGGUGAGGCGGUGCAAUGAGGGGGCACACACCAUGGAGCGCACGGAGCAGUUGUACACACUGCACACGCAGCUGGACUUCAGCAAGGUCAAGUCCUUCCCGCUGAUCUCUGCCUCCCGCUGGCUGCUGAAGCGAGGUGAGCUCUUCCUGAUGGAGGAAGCCGGGCUCUUUAGGAAAAUCACCAGCCGGCCCACCUGUUACCUGUUCCUGUUCAAUGACGUCCUGAUCAUCACCAAGAAGAAGAGCGAGGACAGCUAUGUGGUCCAGGACUACGCUCAGUUGGACCACGUCCAGGUCCAGAAGCUGGAGCCCUCGGAGGUCUCCACACCGGGAGGCGGCAACCGCAGCUCCACCGUGCCCCACCCCUUCCACGUGACCCUGCUGCGGAACAGCGAGGGCCGGCGGGAACAGGUCCUGUUGUGCUCGGACUCUGCGGCUCACCUACAAGGAGAGGCAGUGGCAGGACCCCAUCAACAAAGGAGAGCUGGCCCAGGUGGAGAUCACCAAGGCCUACUUCGCCAAGCAGGCGGACGAGAUCACGCUGCAGCAGGCCGAUGUGAUGCUGCUCAUGGGCUGGGAAGACGGGUGGAUGUAUGGGGAGCGCCUCCGCGACGGCGAGGAGGGCUGGUUUCCCGAGGACCUCGUCCGCCACAUCACCAGCCCCGUGGCCAUGGAGAGCAACGUGCGCAGGAUGGAGCGGCUGCGGGUGGAGACCAACGUGUAGCCACAGCCACUCCAGGGCAGCCUGCGGCAGGCACAGCAUCUACCCCGACCACAGGCGGCCUGCCUGGCUCCGGGCCGCAGACGGAGGAGUGUGUCCGUGCUCCGGAAGGAGCCCUGGGACAAGAUCACGGGGCCACCAGUGAGCAUCCACCAUGGGCCAUGUGUGGCAGGAGCCCAGCUCCUGGCCACGGUACCCCCGCCAAGCUGGGCCCCAAGGUCCUCACCCAAGGCUGACGGGGAUUAAGGACCAUUGUGGCCGUCCCCUGGGACACUUCAGGGACCAUCUCCCCACUGGUCUUCCUGCCCGCAAGUGGACAAGGGACCUUGGGUACCCAGUGGUGCCCGAGUUCUCAUCUGGGUCACAGGAGGGGAAGAGACCUCAGCUUUGAGCUUUUAAACCACAUAAUUAAAGUGUUUCUUUAAAGCA